AUGCAGGGCCACCCGGCGGCGGUUUACGGCCCCGCGACCGCGGCCGCCGCCGCUCAGAACACGAGCUGCAGCAUCCAGAAGCUGCAGCAGCUGACGAACGGCAUCAUGGACAUCGUGCCGCAGGGCCCGCCGAUGAACACAAUGACGCCGCCUCCCAACCUGACCCCGCCGCCGACGAUGACGCCGCCGCCGGGCAUGCAGCGCAACCUCACGCCACCCAUCUCCAACCUCCCGUCGCAGGUUUCCAUGACGAUGAACCAGGCGCAGUACUACAAGUACCAGCGGCGGCAGGCGCAGAUCCAGCGGAGCCCCAACGUCACGAUCGGUCCCAACCUGAUGUCCGGCUACAACACGUACAGCUACCGGCUGCAGCAGCAGUCGCAGGUGCCGUUCCAGAUGGUCAACAUGAACAUGAACGUGAACCUUCCCGGACAGCUGGCGGCGUCGCAGAUGCAGGGGGCGCCGCCGCAGAUGAACUACCAGGUGCAGGACGUCGCCGCGGGGCAGAUGCAGCCGCCGCACACGCAGCCGUCGAUGAACACGGCGGCCAUGUACACGUACGGCUACAUCCCGACCAAUUACAUGCGCCGGUGA